AGCGGGACCUGCCCUCUCGACGCCAUUUUUCGGUCUCGUACUCGCACUUCUGGUGGUGGCUCGGGAGAGGGGGGGACGAACAGAUUUUAAGGGAAAGUAUAAAACCGUUAAGCCGAAAUCCCUCGCGAGCGGUCGGGUGUGCACGCGGGAGCUACAGCUUAACGUAGUGGCACCUGAGAUGCACGCGCAGGGAACAAGACGCUGCCGUGGUGUAUUUUUUUGUGUGAAGACGUGUUGCGGGCCGCCAUUUUUUUGCUGUGCUGCCUCAAAGUCUGCUCCGACUCAAGAAGGGGAUUGAAAAUCGCAUUUCCGUGACGCGUGCCUUACCAUAAGAAGAAGACGAUUCAAAGUUAAUAUUCCGACUCCUUCCAGCGGAUACUGGCACCCCUUUUUUGCAGACAUGAGGAUUUGACAAAUGAAAAACUAAGGCCACCUUUUCCGUUCUCACUACUGACACUGACUGGAGAGUCAAACUAUAAGAAGAGAAGCCUGGUGGUGUGUUCUCGGAAGGCGGAACAAAAAAGGGAAGCUUCAUUGAUCAUUUGUUGCUUCGGCACCAUCGAUGUUUAUCUGUCCGAAGUUUAAUAUCUCUUCCUCGGCCGCUCAAACAAUCUCUAAGUCAUCGACUGGUGAACACAGGAACCACAUUAUGCUUCAAAGUUGGAUCGAGUCAGUCACAGCCUGUGUCUGAAAACGCCUGGCUGUUUUUUGUGUGUUUUUCUUUUCAACCCGAGGUCUCUGGAGCCUGUGGCGUUUGUGCAGAAAUCUGUCUGAAGCCUCACAGGGCGACGAAUGCCCUACCCUGCAUCCUCUAAACCCCACGCGUUUUAACUUAUUGUCUAGUCUGACUUGUACUAUUCCUUUAUUUUUCUUUUUUGUAGGCUGAUAUUAACUUAUUUUUGAACAGAAAUGUCAACUGCACGCUUUGAGUCAUCUGAUCGGUCUGCCUGGUAUUUCGGACCCGUGUCACGACAAGAGGCACAGAAUAGGUUACAAGGACAGAGACAUGGCAUGUUUCUUGUGCGAGACUCGUCAACCUGCCCAGGUGACUACGUCCUGUCAGUAUCUGAAAACUCCAAAGUGUCUCACUAUAUCAUCAACUCUUUGCCCAGCAAGAGGUUUAAGAUAGGUGAUCAGGAAUUCGAGCACCUUCCUGCUUUACUGGAUUUCUACAAGAUCCACUACCUGGAUACGACCACGCUGAUAGAGCCAGCACCCAGGUAAGGCAGACAUCAUGAAUUCCUCUACUAUCUGGCAUGAUUGUAAAAUGUUCACCAUGAUGAAAUACCACAACAACAAGGACUCCUGGAUGUGUCAGGGUGGCUAAUGUAGGUUAACAAGGGUCUCUAUUUUUAUCCAAACUAACCCACUUUAAGGCAGGCAGCAGUACCCUGAAUAUAACAUGAGGCUUCCAGUUUUCCAGGUUUGAAACUGGUGCACAAACCAGCCCUGUAAACACCCAGUUUUCUGUUUUUAGUGAGGUUGUGUUGUGAGCAGCCAAAUUGUAUAUGAAGCAUUGAGUUUACAUACUUAUUGUACUGUGUAACUUAAGUUUAUACAUGAAUCUGGCUGUUACAGCACUAAUGAUGGCUGGUAUUUGUCCAACUGUGGCCAUUUGCCCCUUUUUCCCCCGUACUUGUAUUAUAACACUAAUAGGACACUAAAUGAUCAUUUCAGGUGCAAUUAUCAUGCUCAAAUAAUUAAUAAGUCUAUUCCCCAAGUAUCAGAUUUAAUCUUUUAAAUUCAACAAAAAAAUCUGUGAUUUUUGCUGGAGAACUGGCCCCGAUGUUGUUGGACACUUAAUGUGGUUUCUUGUAUUGUAUAGCGAUGCAUCCAGAUUAUUCCACAGUUUGAGACCUCUAAAAGUGAUGCUAGACUUGUGACUAGAAGUUUGACAUGAAGGUUACUGAAGAUUGUCAUUUUGUCUUGUUGAGUACAGGUUCUUAUAGACUUAAUGUGUUCUUCCUUUUCCUUGUGUCAAUUUCCCCAGGUACCCAAGCACAGUGACAUGUCCUAUUCAACCCAUGGGUGGCCCAGAGGACAACCUAGAGUAUGUGCGGACUCUGUACGACUUUACUGGCAGUGAUGCAGAGGACCUUCCCUUCAAGAAAGGGGAGAUCCUUAUCAUCCUGGAGAAGCCUGAGGAGCAGUGGUGGAGCGCCAAAAGUAAAGAGGGGCGUGUCGGGAUGAUCCCUGUGCCCUAUGUGGAGAAAUUGGUACGACCUUCCCCUCACCCCGGCCAGCCUUCCCACGGAUCUCGCAACUCCAACAGCUAUGGAAUCCCUGAACCCUCCCAUGCACUCGUCCACGCCUACGCCCAGCCACAGACACCCACACCAGUGCCCCCUGGAACACCUGGAGCAGUUAUCACCCCUCUACCGUCCGUGCAGAACGGUCCCGUCAUGGCGAAGGCCAUCCAGAAACGUGUGCCGUGCGCCUAUGACAAAACAGCUCUUGCUUUAGAGGUAACGUGGAAAGAAAUAUUUUUAAUCUCUUUAUUUUUUUCACUAAACAUGUUAGUGUUGCUAGAGUUUACUUUAAGUAGGUUGCUGAUUUUGAUGGAAUCUUAGUAUGGAGGUUAAUAGUAAACUUUUGAAUUAACUGAUUUUAGUGUCAAAAUUUGGGUCCAUCAUCGAUCAUCAAAAUCCCAGACCAAUAUUUUUAAGAUUUAUAACCUGUGACAAUAUUUUCAGACCAUAUCAGGUAAUGGUCAAGUUGUUUUUGUCCUCUUUCUUGUGUCAGUACCUUUUUAACCUGUACUAAGCAUCUAGUAGAUCUUCAUGCCGGAUGAGUAUGAGGGGACCAAGUGUAGCAGUCUGCUCAGCAUCAAAACUCUCUGGCUUGAGAGCAGAUGGAGGACACACUCAUCAGGAUUGUUAGGCACUAUUAGCUUACUCCAAAAAGCUGCACUACCCACUAUAUCAACGUGCUAUUGAUCACAGUACCGAUAUUCACAGUAUUGAUAUUGUGAUGAAGGUAUUUGUUGAACUGAACACACCAGGCUCCAGCUCAGAAUUUGCCACACCAAUAGUAACGACCUCCUUUCGGACUAUUUUCAUUUAUUAAGCUGAAAUAUUGGACAUUUUUUUUGCUUUGCUGAAUUAAUUAGUUCUAAUAGCAUCUGUCACAGAUGUUAAAAGUUCAAAGAGAGAAAGAAAAUAUACAUAUUUUGCUCACUUAUCAACAGAGAUAAUGGUACAACAGUAUUCAUUUAAUUAGCUCUUAGUUUCUAUUCAAUAUGGAGAUGAAGAAGGAACGCCUGUAGAGAAGUCAUUUCACAGCAGAAAUAAAGAGAGGAUAUAAUUUGUCGGUCACGAGUGCUUGUAAGUAGUACUACCCUAUUUCUUGUCAGGCUUCUCAGUUGUCAUGAGCUAGAAAUGGCAGCGGGGGAAAGCCACAGAAGGCUUGGUGGUUGAAUGUGUGAAGGUAACUUCAGGCUCCUCGACAACUUUCUUAUAAAGCUGUCAUGUAAAGCCUAAGCUCUCACUGUGUGAUCACACCAAAAACAUUCACAACCAAACAUCAGAGGACACUGUUUUUACUGUGGCUGGUCAGUCCAACCACAUAUUGUAGCCUUGGUCACUGUUUCCUUUUUUUUUUUUUGUUGUGUGAUGAUGUUGAGAUGUUGGGAAGAUACUCAUUGCUGGCAUUCAUUGCAGAUGUUCAGGUCAGCCCCUACUGACUUGUGCUGGAUGAAUAGAAAUAGAUUCUCUGUGAGUCUCUUGUUUGUCAGUAAUAAUGCUGUUUUUGCUUUUAAUCAUAAUUUAAUGCAUGUGAGUUUAUUUUAAAGCCAUUAAAUAGUGGUGCUGGUGAGAGGUACUGCUGAUUAAUUCCCUCUAUUAGACUCAUCUGAAGCCCAAAACCCAUCGUCCCAAAGGCCCACUGGUUCCAGCUCCUGCUUGCCUCCAAGCUGCUCAAUGCGCAGCAGCCUUGUUAGCAGCUGUGUUUCUCAGCAUUGACCUGUGGUUAAUACAAAUCUGCUCUUGCAGUGGUAACAUGUCCAAGCAUGUGAUGUAAUGCAUAUAGUGCACUGCAAUCAUACAUAGUGGAAGCUUCAAUCUGAUAGCAGACAUGAGCUCCAGUGAUGCCUCAAGGGAGAGUUAACCCUGAGAAGGAUCUCAGCCCAUCUCUGCUCUGAUACACUGACACGUGUCUGUGAUGGUUGUAGGAAGCGAAGCAGAUUGUUCGAGGUUGCCACAGUGGUCAAUUCUGCUUCGUGAUUCUUGUGUGGAGUGGUUUAUGACAUUUCCUAAAAGUAAUGUGUUACCAAAAUAGAAUAUUUCCUUUGCGUCAUUGUUCAUGAUCUGGAGGAGGUGGGGGCGUGUUGAUCUGCAGGGGGUGUGCUCCAGGCCUGUUUAUUUUUGGUUUUUCAUUUCUUAAAAUGCAGUCAUUGUCUCAGUAUCGUUUAUUAGAUAGUGGUGUUAGCUAACUGUAAUUCAUCUUACAAGUGAUAGAAAACAUGAAGGCCAGCUGAUAUUUCAUUCUCUCCUCUUCUCUCUCUUUCCCUUUCUGUCUGCGACAAACAAGAAGUAACGUCAGUGUUUGCCACCUUGUGAAUGAGGAGAUUUAGUAAUGGCUGUGGAAGAAGGAAACGCAACUUUAGCUGCAAACAAACCGGUGUAUGCAUAUUUUUAUUGCUGUGUUCUUGACAGCAGAGCUUCUGUGAAACUAUCAGAAAGUAAUGUCUCGUUUUCAGUUGAUUGUGUUGUUUACUUGACCAGCUCCCUCUCUCUUCAUGUUAUCCCAGUGUCAGUGCAGCUUGCUCGCACUCCCGUUUUCAUUCACCUGUGGUAGCUUCUGGUUUGAAAAUAUGACUUUCAUUGGCUUUGGUGCUUUUCAAUCCUAUUAAAUAUAAAAAUCACAGAUAUUGUUUUGUUUUAAGCACAAAGAGUCAAAUGAAGUAUGGAGGUAUCAGUGGUACCAAUACACAUUUGGCAACUAAAAAGGUCAGAGGUGUUUCCCACUGAAUGAGGUGGUCCUCUGAGAUAAUGGUAGACAUUUUGUUUUACAUGUCACACGUUUACAAAUUAAUCAAUAGUAAAGUCUUUUUCUUUGACUAUAAUACAGAGUGCCUCACCAAACACGCUUUCACACAGUCACUUCUAUACCUGGUCACCUUCCUGUGGGGUCUAUGUGUGGCACACAGUGACGAUAUCUGUACAUGCCAGUCACCUCAGAAAGACCAACUCAAUGCUCAGAAAGUAGCCAAAAAGGGCAACAAAUGCCACAAAAGCUAGUCCGAGCCUGCCUCUUCUGCAGCCUGUUAUUGUGCAUCUUCCUUCAAACGCUAUUCAGAGAUAGAAAUGUAUUAAACCAAAUAAUUUUACCAUCUUCCAAUAAGAGACUCAUGCACUAGUCAAACUCAAGCAUGGCUAAAUUUGGCAGUAAUGAAAUGUAAUUUUGUUUAAUCUUUUGAUGGAGCGGUUAAGUGCACAAAGACACAGUUGUGUAAAGGAGUCUGUUAACGGCAAGUGGAGAUUAAGUCCAAUAAAAUCUUUUUUUGUUUUGAGCCAUCGCACCAAAGCUGAACCAGCUGUUUAAAACAGACCAUCAGUCUCCAGACUGCUGUUUCCUCACCUAAAGACAAGCAUGACCAUAGCAGGCAUCUUUAAUAAGAUUCAUUCCAUAUAGGUGAGAGCGGUCGAGGUUUAAUAGACACUUAUAAGGAUGACAUCACAGGAAGAGGUAAGAGGAAUUUUGCAGGCAUCUACAGGAAGUUACACCCUCAUUAUACACACGUGUUUAAAUGAUUAUGAACUGAUACAGUUCAGUUUAAGGUCAUACUGUGGUUAGUGAUUUCACGUAUUCAGACAGACUCUUGUUUUCUUUGUUGAUUGUUGGGAAAAAAUGCCCCAAAAAUAAGUCUGGAUGGUGCUUACCAACAUGUCCAGCGGUUGUUAUGCUUCCAGCAGAGCCCCGCCCACCAAAAAGACAAUAUGGAGUUCGCUGUUGAUAUAGUUAGCUUCGAUGGUUUAAUGACAUUUAGCUUCAGACCGUUUUGCUCUGGGUCUUCUUAGUUUGUGAACAUGUUGGUAGUGUUUGGUCUAGUUCAUCCAUGGGGUGAUUGUUUUCACUUGGCAAAGGGUAGACUGAAGAAGGGGGUUUAAUGGUUUAAUGUCUGUGUACACUAAAGCUGCUGGUUUGACUUUUGCUACUGUGUUUUGUGAUGCAGGCUGUUAAACUUUCUGUAGAGCUUCAAGAAACAAAGACAAUCUUCUCUUAGAAGUUCACCAAGAAUUUGAUAGCUAAUGGAAAUGAACGCUGCCAGGCUUCACUACAGGUUUUUUUUGUUGAGGGAUGUUGCAGAUUUAGGAGUAGAUGCCUGUACAGCUGCUUUUUCUUCUUGAAUACUCUUGUUUAUCCUACUUGGCCAUAAAAACUCCCUCUCACAUUUUAUAGUUCUUGCUGAAUUUACAACAGCAUCAUCAGUACAUUCAUCCUGCAAGAUAUCUUGUCUACCGGUAAAUCACCUGCUUCUCACUCACUUUAAAAUGAUAGUAUUCUCAUCAAUUUGCUUCUUUCUAUCUUAGAUUUCUGCUUUUAUUUGGAAAAAUUUCAAAUGAGAGCGACAGUGCUAACAGUACACACAACGAAUGUCAUGAAGUGACAGAUUCCCUCCUGGUUUAAAAGAAAAAUUACAAGCGUGUAAAUGCACGAAAACAAUCACAAACUUUCAAGGUUUUUAUUUUUUAUUCUUAAUGUAUUUAACCAGGUAAGAAAACCCAUUGGGAUUGAGAUCUUCUUAAAAAGGGUGACCUGGUCAAGAGGUCAGCAGAUAAUAAUGAUAAAAUUCAGUUGAGUAAAACCUAAUUAACACAGCUAGACACAGGAUCUCAGAGCCUCCAAAUAAACAAGUUCAACUUGGCUAACAUUAGCAGAGCUGGCACCACUACCCUUUGAAACUUGCAGUUUAACGUUCACGUGCUUGUUGCUCUACUCAAUGGUUAUUUGCCAGUUUAACCAGACACAGCCCUGAUCUGUGAGAUCAUAAUACUUCUAAAUAAUGGCACACUUUAGGUGGUAACGGCCAUCUUUGCUUGUUAAUGCAUUUAUGCAUUGUGGCAUGCCCUGGAGAGAGAGAAGGUGGUAUGUGGUGACUAGAAUAAUAGAAGAAUGUGUAAUUUAUUCAGCUGACCUGCGAGGGUGACGACCUUUAGUCAGUUAAACAUGCUGGUCCUGAAUACACACAGGGCUGGGAUAGAUUGCAUUGAGGUGAUGUGGAGUAAUCAGUGAUGUGAUUUCUGUGUUCAGAGGGAAAAACACUGAAGACAGAACCAAGCCUGAAGUCUGGUAUCUCUGGCAGUAUUCUGAAUAUAUCAGGCUAACUUCUGCCCUGCAUUGUUUGAGCAUACCUUAACCUGGUGUCACGAUGCCUCUGCUAUCUCUCUCUCUCUGUCUUUGACUCAGCAGGGCCCAUUAUUUUCAGGAAAGAAAAAAAACCUUUGGUUUCGUUCUGUGGCUAUUUUAGGGCCUCCGAGGUCCAAAAAAGCAGAAGAUAUGAGUCAACAUUUAUUCAUUUCCGAGACAGGCGGGCAACGACAAAUGAUAUUAGGCCAUGAUUAUAAUACACGUUCACAGUUUUUGUCAGCUCUAGUCUGGUCUUUCUUUUCCUUUUAUUCCUGUUAUAUACUUUGAUAAAAAUGACUUUUCAGUAUUUGUUCUUGUGCUGUUGAUAGACCGGUCUGGUUUCAUGAAACUGUGUUUUGGUCUUUUGUUUUGUCAUUUGAGAGAUAAAGUGUGUGAUUAGUGAUUAAGUAGCAUAAUUGCCAUUCCAGGAUUGUGUAAGAGUUAUUGUUAAAAACAUUGUCUUGGACUGGUCGUCCUUUACGCCUUGUUCCGAAGUAGAAGCUACAGAUAGCGUGCCGUGUUCCCUCACAUUCCAGUUUCAAUCAUGUUUUCGAUGAUGAAGUCUUUUCUCCUUUAAUCCUGAUAAAGAACAUAUGGCUUUAACAGAUUGGGGUCAAAUUCAGUGUCACAAACCCAUCGGAGUGAAAGCUCUGUGCUCUCUUGUGGAGAGUAGAAACCACAGUCUAGUAUGCAUGUGGAGCUCUGGUACACAGUUUUACAUGUUGUUGUAUAAGCUCAGUCAUUGCAACUGUAACUCAGAGCAGGUCUUAAAUUAACAGUUCAUAACUGUACUUUUUAUGGGCACUCGUACUGUUGCUUUAUUCUCUUGUGGUCGGAUGCAACACCAACUCAGCCAGCAAGCUCUUAUAGCCGCUUGUUUGUUGGGGAGCCCUGAUCACCGAGUGCAGCGGAUCAUUUCUAUGAAGUAAUAAUCAUCAUAACUAGAGAAGCAAGCAGUCAACAACAUUCAUCUUUCGAGAGGGUGUCUUACUCUGUGUUACUGUGUGUUUGACCUUAACUUUAUGCCACAUUAUCUCUUUAACAUUUUAAUAUUUUGUUGAAUCUUGUUGAACUUUUUUAUCUUUGUGUAUUAUGUUAUGCUGAACAGUGCAGUACACCCAUGUAGGGCAGUAUCUAGUUAAAACUAGUGAAGUUGAAUCGGAUCAGACUGCUUGAUUUAAAGCUUGAACACUGUGAUUUUGUUUUUUCAGGGCAGUAUCGUACCACUCUGUUUUCAUCAGCCCACAGGGGAGCCAUGUUUCCAUGUGUCUGAACAGCUACUGUCCCAGUCUCUAAAGUCUCAUCCCUUCCAUUUCAAGUGGAACUUCUAACUGGGUGAAAGACUUGAGUGAUCUAGAAAGCUUAAGUUUGGAUCAGCCAGAGUACUCACAGCACUGUAGCAACUCUCACUGCUUCAUUUAGCAUUUUGAGCUGUUUCAGUGACCCUGUCUGUGGGUGUCUGAGUUAGACCUGUGUGGAUAACUCGGUUCCUGUCACAGACUUUGAUGAUAAAAUACAAAUGAAUCAAACAAGUGGAUCUUUUGCGCUGAAACCUGUGACGUCAGGUCGUUGCUCUGCUGUGGUUGUACUGUAACUUUCCACUGUAAUGCAAGGAAGAGAAUAAAACAAUUAUGAGGUACUUUCAAAAUAAAUACAGCUGAAGAGGCAGGAUUGGGGCUGAAGCGAUUGUGUUUGGUAGACGUCACUCAUGAAGAUAAAGCUUUAGGAGAGGAAUGGAGUGACCACAGUGGCGCUACCUGUCGAUGCCACAGUGUGAGAAACAAUAUAGACAAUAUAAUAUGUCUAUAAUGAAUAAUGAGCAUCCUAUCCAACAUCCUGACCUUUUAGACCUGGGUCAUAGGAUGCUGCAUUAGUCCUGAACUGAUAAAUAAAUGAGUUAGGGCAAAGUAGACAUAUGACAGACUUUCAUAUACUCCCAUGUUAAGAUGCUUCGUGUUUUCCCUGAUGGUUGUGAUGAUGAAGAGCAGCAUGUCACUGCAAGAACAAGACCGAAUCAAAGUCUGUCAAACUUGAGUUAAGGACAGAAAUAAGAGGAAGAGCUCAGUGGGACUGAUGCAGCAGAAUCUUUACACUGUCAUUCACAAGCCACAGCUGUUUAAUCCAAUCCACUCUAUUUAAUGCACAUAUAAAGAAAAAACAUUCAAGUUUAUCAAAGUGCUGCACAGUAAAAUUAAAAGAAAAAACAGUGCAAAACCUUUUCUUUUACGGUACACUUAUUACUAGGUAAUGAACAGGUAAUUACCUAGUAACAACAUGAAAUUAUCUGGUAAUUACAUGAUAACUACUAAGUCAGUACUGUCCAGUUUUUCUUUUUUCUGUGCAGCUCCAUUUUCAAAAGCUAUUUGGGGUUCUUAUUUUCUAUGAUUGACACUUGAUACAGCCUAUGGGCGUGCGAAGAUUGCGUAGCGAUACGCUGUUUGAGCCGAGCAUUAUCACAUCGACUCACCCGCCUAAUGCGUACAAUGCUACUGCGCAAGUGGUGGUUCCAGGAAGCGGAGAAAAUCCUGGAAAUACCAGAGCAAUUCGGCUUCAAAUUUGUAUGAUGAUGGAAGGUUACCUACCUGGUAGCUAGACAGUAUUGACUUAGUAGUUAUCAUGUAAUUACCAGAUAAUUUCAUGUUGUUACUAGGUAAUUACCUGGUAAUAAGUAAAAGAAAGGGUUACCAAACACAGAAAUAUAAAAGAAAUGGAAGUGAUGCUGAGAGUUUUAAGACUUGGAAAAUUCAUUUAUUCCACUUUAACAGAAAAAUCAAUAAUAAUGUAUUUGUUCAUACUACUGAACUGCGAAAUCAGUUGCUGCUGAAUAACAGAUGCUGGUACGACUCCUGGACUGCUAAACACACUUUCUUCCUUUAUCAUAGAGCAGGUUCGACAAGUCCGUCUUUGUUCAGACCUCCGCAGAGGGAAAUCCUCCCUCUUUCUUUUCUUGUGAGAUCCCCUGCGAUGAAAGUGUCUCAGAUGCCCGUUUUCCUAACCUCCUGUCUUUUCUCUCCACAGGUGGGCGACAUCGUCAAGGUAACACGGAUGAACAUCAACGGUCAGUGGGAAGGAGAGGUGAACGGGCGGAGGGGGCUCUUCCCAUUCACCCACGUCAAAAUCAUAGACCCCCAGAAUCCCGACGAGUGUGACUGACCUUAGAGUCCACCUGGACCCCCUCGCCAGUAUCAACUCGUACCUGAACUUGCUGGCUGUCUCCACCCUUUCCCGCCAGUGUCACCUCGGUUACGUGCUUGCCUGCUUGUUGCGGUACAAUGAUAGCAACCCCUCUGUUGUUGCCAACCGUCGCAAGGCUUUCUGACAGUUUACAGCUUUGGACGUUGGAUCCAAACUAAAACCUGACCCCACUUCUCCCAGUUCCUUUUCCCCGUGUCUUGGUUCCAGGCUGGGCAGUGUUUUUUGCAUUUUAGUGUCCUUUUCAUUUCCAGAUCACUGGGCAUCAGUGUGAGUGUGUCUGUCUGUGUGCGUGUGUAUGUAUGUAUAAGUGCAUGUGUGUGUGUGCGUGUGUGUUCUCAAUAGAUAUUCACCAUCACAUUUUCUUCUUUUUUUUUGACUCUCUGAAUAUUUGUUCUGUUUGGCGUCUUGGGGACUUCGGAAGCGCGUUGGUGUGUGUUUGUUUUUGUUGACGUGAGGAUAUUUGUACAAAGUAGGGAAACGCAACAUCCCUAUGGACUUGGGAGAGCACUGAGGCAAUGAGGAACUAACCAGCCAGUCAAAUGUUACUUCUCCAAACAAUCAAGUCACUGUCGUACCUUAACCAUCAUGCAAUCACACACAAACACACACACACACUCAUGGGCAGUUAGUAAUUCAGGCUGACAGGUUUUUGACGUGUAUGUGAUGUGAAGGUGGAGUCAGGAGGAAGCUGGACUCACGGUCUGCUCUUCCUGGCGUGAGUCUGGCUGACAGGAGUUAUUUAUCGUUUGUUAAUAAGACAUGACAAGGCCAUUUGUGAGUUCAUCUUUUUUUUUUUUUUUUCGUGCCACAUGAUCAACAAUAGUUCUCUUUGCUUUUUCUCCUUUUAUUUUUGAUUUGUGACAUAGAGAAGAUGUCUAUAGGGGUGACUGUGCAUGUCCACUUAGUACCUCUCUUUACUAUCAGCCACUUAUUGUCAACUAACAGGACAUUGCUUAGAAUUUAGCAGGUCUGUAGUGCCAACAGUACCGAGCUCUAGAAGAUAAAUUUUAACUCUCUGCAGCGAAGGAGUGCAAAUCUAAAAGGUUAAAGUCAAACAGCAACAGCAGCAGCAGCCCUGGCCAGCACUUCCCACAAGCAUCUGACUGCAAAGGCUAGCUUAAAACGCAGCGUGGGCAGGACGACCGGAGGUGAGAAACACAGAUCUCAGUUGUGGAAGUCAGGAGAGGUGAAAAUGUAUCAGCAAAGCCAAUGAGACCCCAUCAAUGCCUUUCUCAGAGGGUGUCAAAUGCAUCUGUGGGUGCAUGCAGCGCCCUCUCUGACUUUUUUAACGUGAUGUUCCCAGUGUCAAGUUAGGAUUUCAGACAGCUUUAUAUGGUGAAUUUUUGAUCUGUGCACAGUUUAUGGUCUCAUUUUAUGCAAACGUACUUUACUGGAAAGGAGGGAAGCGUCCCAGAAUCCGACAGUUGUGCAGAUAGUGCCGACCCCAAGAGUUCUGCUGUAAAAAUGAACUACUCCCUGAUUCUCUUCGUGCUUUUGGCUGAAAUCUUUGGAUGGCCGGUCACUCAGUUGUAUUUGUGCAGCUUUUAGUUGUUCUUGUCUGUUUUUUGUUUGUUUGUUUUUUGUUUUCUUUUGAAAGGUUAUAUUCAGCUUUUUAAAUCAUGCAUUUCUUUUUUUUGUUAACAGCGAGUGAUGUUAAACAAAAAGUACCUAUGGUAACAUUUACAAAAGGGAAAAAUGCCUGCUGGUUGCCUCUGUGCAUGACCUCUCGGCCGGGGAGAUGGUUCGAUCCGGCCCAAUGCUGCUUAAUGUCAUUUUUUGUUUUUUUUUUCUGAUUAAAUAAAGGUUUCUCUUAUUUGAAUCCACCUGGUCUGUGCAAACAAACAAACCAACGUGGUUUCUUCUCAUCAAAGGUAAUGAAAUCGACUAAUUAAGCAAUACAUCCUGAUCAUUUCUCUUCUUGAGGUGAACUUGCUUUUCUCAUGCUUUGAAAUUGUUUUCCUAAUGGCAUUAACAGUAUUACUGUGCUCUCUUCUCAUAUUCUAGAAAAGCCUGUCUUUUACUUAAGAAUUGAAAAUUGUGCCUUUUAUUUUCUUAUACCAUUUACAUGUGUUAAUAUUUCCCAUGGUUAACACCUGUGCUGGUAUUGACCCUUUAUGUACAGAACAAGUAAAUAAAAUUUACGUCUACUUCUUUAAGUC